AUGGACAUGUCUUUCUGGCAAGAAUUACGACUGAUGCUAACAUCAACAAGCAGCGAGUCUUCAGUACCCCAAAGAGAAGUACUUGACGAAGGAGAUAUCUGUGCUCUCCUAAGCGAGCCGACAUUCGCCCGCCUUGUGUAUUCAAUUGACCGCGAAAAGGCCUGUUUCCUCCGGCUUCGCCAACCUCAACUUCCAGAGCUAUUGCCCGCGCCAGGGAAUGGGCUGUCACUGUCGGACAUCCUCAGCCGCUAUCGGCUCACCCCGUCACAUAGAAUUCUUCUCGCAUAUGUAGUAGCACACACUUACUGGCAAUUCUACGACUCGGAGGUGUACUGCCUCGAUAGCAAGAACUUUUCUCAGUACAAUACUGUCCAAGAAUUGGGGGAGCCUGAAAUAGGAAAGGAAGUGAAGAAGGAAGGUUCUCCUCAAGUGAAGGGCGUAGAGGCCAGGCGGAAGAGUCUUUACUAUCAUGUCGUCCGGCCUCUCGCAUGGCUUGCAAACAAUGGAUUUAGGCCACGCCUUGGGGACCGUGGAUAUAUUAGCAAAAACCAGAGCUUUUCAUCUUUGAGGUCGAGCGUCCGAACCGAUGGCACAUAUCCUCAUGAUAGCGGUUUAUUUCACUCUUCUGUUUCUUUGGGUCCUUUAAGAUGGCUUCAGCAGCUGAAGACCAUUAGCGCGUCUGUUGAUGACAUGCGACAGGCAACGUCAAGUACAAGGCCCGUACGAAUUGCGAUUUUAGACACAGGCCUCAGACUCUCUAUUCCUUACUUCCAAGACGAUUUCGAUGGACCAGAAAGGAAGAAGCAGGUAAUUUCCUACAAAGAUUUCGUGGGCCAGAGUGAUUCAGACAUGAAGGACCUAUUCGGUCAUGGCACUUUCAUGAUGCGGCUUGUUGCGGAGUCCGCGCCGGCCGCAGAGAUCAUGGUUGCGCGAGUUGCAGAGAAUACAGAAGGCCUCUCUAGCUGUCAAACAAAUAUCGUCAAGGCGAUACAAUGGGCAGGUAGUGAGGGUGCCGAUAUCAUUUCCAUGUCUUUUGGGUUUCCGCGUCCCAUAAAGGAUAUUUCUGACACAAUAGAAUCUGUUUCACGCCGUGGAGAAGGUGUCGUCUUUGUCGCCAGUGCUGGCAACUCGCCAUAUGAGGAAGAGGGCUUCCCAGCGUGCCACCCGUCUGUUAUAUCCGUGUACGCGGCAAAUAGCCAUGGGACCUUUUUGGAGUCCAACUCGCAAACCCCGAGUAAAAGGGCAGAUGUGCUAUGCGUCGUUGGUGAAGUGCCGGGGGAGAUACUUGAGGAACUACGUGACGAGCUUCCUGGCAUUUGCCAGGCUGGGUCGUCGGUAUCUACUGCAAUAGCUGCCGGUAUCAGCGCCACGAUGCUAGCCUACGGAGACUUUCUUCCUCACAUCCUACCAGCCAGGCAGGGGUCAAGCGUGUACAAAAGAAUGCACACAUCUCGCGGAAUCACGCACGCAUCAAGGGAUGAUACCGUUUUCAAGAGCCUAUGGGAGGCCCGGCGUCGAUGCCAAGCCAAGACAAAGACGGGGUUUAACUAUUGA